UGUAAAUGGAUGUGGGAGGAGCAAACUCAAGCACUUGACUCAGUUACAUGAAAACAGGAAGACAGAGCAGAAGGAGAAGUGGAGCUGAGGCAGGAGAGAGGAAGAGGAGCGAGGUCUGUGUGGAGGAGCGGCCGUCCUGCUGUGCUUCCUGUCAGGACGUCCUGAAGGAUCCGGUCUCUACCAGCUGUGGACACUAGUUCUGCAGACAGUGCAUCUCCUCAUACUGGGACCAGUCUGCUUCAUCAGGAGACUCCUCCUGUCCCCAGUGUGGAAAAAGAUCCAGAACCAGAGCUGGACUGCAGACAGCCAGUCAGAGCAGCUGUGGCCAAAUGGAUUCUGGUCUGCAGGAGGUUUUAGAUGAACAUAAGAUCAGUCUGAGGAGGAGAUGUGAACGUGUGACUGAAGGAAGUGAUCAAACAGGAAGUGGAACCCUCUUCAAGAUUUACACUGAGUUCUACAUCACAGAAGGACAGAGUGAAGAGGUUCAUACCCAACAUGAGGUGAGGCAGCUGGAGACAGCUUCCAAGAUGGACGCCCUCCAUGACAGUCCAAUCAGGUGCCACGACAUCUUUAAAGCCUUCCCUGACCAACAGACACCCAUCAGAGUGGUUCUGACCAACGGCGUCGCUGGUGUUGGAAAAACCUUCUCAGUGCAGAAGUUCAGUCUGGACUGGGCAGAGGGCUUGGAGAACCAACAUGUCAGUGUGGUGAUGCUGCUUUCAUUCAGGGAGCUGAACCUGAUCAGAGAUCAGCAGUACAGUCUUCUGGAGCUGCUCCAUGUUUUCCAUCCAACAUUACAGAAGGUCCCAGCAGAGAAGCUCGCUGUCUGGAAGCUUCUGUUCAUCUUUGACGGCCUGGAUGAAAGCAGACUUUCAUUGGAUUUCCCCAACAGGAAGCACGUGUCUGAUGUCACACAGAAGUCAUCAGUCAGCGAACUGCUGACAAACCUCAUCGAGGGGAAGCUGCUUCCCUCGGCUCUCGUCUGGAUAACUUCUCGACCUGCAACAGCCAAUCAGAUCCCUCCUAGAUGUGUGGACAGGCUGACAGAAGUACGAGGCUUCACUGACGCCCAGAAGGAGGAGUACUUCAGGAGGAGAUUCAGUGAUGAAGAGCUGUCCAGCAGAAUCAUCUCCCACAUGAAGACAUCCAGGAGCCUCCACAUCAUGUGCAGAAUCCCAGUCUUCUGCUGGAUCACUGCUACAGUUCUGAAGCACAUGUUGACCACAGAGCAGAGAGGAGAGCUGCCCAAGACCCUGACUGACAUGUACUCACACUUCCUGCUGGUUCAGACAAAGAGGAAGAAGAACAAGUACCAUGAGGGACAUGAGACGAGUCCACAGGAGCUGAUGGAGGCUGACAGGGACGUUCUUCUGAAGCUGGGGAGGCUGGCGUUUGAGCAUCUUGAGAAAGGAAACAUCAUGUUCUACCAAGAAGACCUGGAGCAGUGUGGUCUGGAUGUGACAGAGGCCUCGGUGUACUCAGGAGUUUGUACAGAGAUCUUCAAAAGAGAGUGUGUGAUCUUCCAGAAACCAGUCUACAGCUUUGUUCAUCUGAGCAUUCAGGAGUUUCUGGCUGCAGUCUACUUAUUCCACUGUUACACCAGCAGGAAGACAAAGGUUCUGAGGGAUUUUCUGGAUAUUUGGCAUAACAUCCCAUCGCUUACUGAGCUCCUGUCAGAAACCAUGAGAGAAUCACUCAGAAGUAAAACUGGCCACCUGGACCUGUUUGUUUGCUUCCUUCAUGGUCUCUCUCUGGAGUCCAACCAGAAACUCUUAGGAGGUCUGCUGGGUCAGACAGAGAAAAAUCCAGCAACCAUCCAGAGAGCCAUCAACAACCUGAAGAAGAUGAACAGCAAUCAAAUCUCUCCUGACAGAAGCAUCAACAUCUUCCACUGUCUGAUGGAGAUGAACAACCACUCAGUACAUCAGGAGAUCCAAGAGUUCCUAAAAUCAGGGAACAGAUUUGAGGAACUCUCUGAGAUCCACUGCUCAGCUCUGGCCUACAUGCUGCAGAUGUCAGAGGAGGUUCUGGAUGAGUUGGACCUGAGGAAGUACUGGACAUCAGACCAAGGACGACGUAGACUGAUUCCAGCUGUGAGGAACUGCAGAAAGGCUCGACUAACAGAUUGUGGACUCUCAGAGACUCACUGUGAAGUUGUGGCCUCAGCUCUGAAGUCCAGCCCCUCCCAUCUGACACAGCUGGACAUGAGUGGAAACAACUUACAGGGCUCAGCAGUGAAGCUUCUGUGUGCUGGACUGCAGAGUCCAAACUGUCGACUGGAGACUCUGAGACUAGAGAAAUGCAGUUUGUCAGAGAUCAGUUGUGAUUAUCUGGCCUCUGCUCUGAAGUCCAACCCCUCCCAUCUGAAACAUCUGGAGCUGAGUCUCAACAGGCUGCAGGACUCAGGAAUAGAGCGGCUGUGUGCUUUUCUGGAGAGCCCACACAGGAGGCUGGAGACUCUGAGGUUGCAGUGGUGCAGUCUGUCACACAUCAGCUGUUACUUUCUGGCCUCAGCUCUGAAGUCCAACUCUCCCUCUCUUGUGAAACAUCUGGACCUGAGGGGAAACAACCUGCAGGAUUCAGGAGUGAAGCAGCUGUGUGGUUUUCUGGAGAAUCCACACUGUAGACUGGAGACUCUGAGGCUGACCAGCUGCAGUUUGUCACAGAUCAGCUGUGAUUAUUUGGCCCCAGCUCUGAAGUCCAGCCCCUCCCACCUGAAACAUCUGGACCUGAGUCACAACUACAAGCUGCGGGAUGCAGGAGUGAUGCAGCUGUGUGGUUUUCUGAAGAGUCCAUUCUGUAGACUGGAAACUCUGAGAUUGGAAUACUGCUUUUUGUCAGCUCUUGGCUGUCAUUAUCUGCUCUCAGUUCUGAAGUCCAACACCUCUCAUCUGCGAGAGCUGGACAUGAGAGGCAACAACCUGCAGGAUCCAGAUGUGAAGCAGCUUUCUGAUCUUGCACAAAAUCCACACUGUUUCCUGGAAACUCUGAGGUGGUGAGGAUGGUAAACAGGAUGGUGUGUGUCCUGAUGAUCCAGAGAGGUUGAAGCAGCAGCAGCUUGUGUGCAGAGACGCUCUGACUGGGCCAUGUUACUGGGAGGUGGAGUGGAGAGGAGAGCUUCAUCCAGCAGUGACUGACAGAGGAAUGAGAAGAAGUGCAGAUGACUGUCAGUGCUGCAGAGUGAACUGCUCUGAGAACAGCUCCACUGUCAGACACAAUGUAGAGUCCACCAUCAUCCCUGUGUGUCCCUGUGGAUCUGCCAGAGGAUCAUCAGUGGAUCUGGAUGCUCUGCUGCUGCUCUGUCCUUCUACACAGUCUCUGCAGAGUCUCUGUCUGACACUGGCUUCAGCUUUUCAGGCUUCAUUCUGGAUCACACUUGAUUAUCACUUGAAUCCAUUGAAUCUUACAUAAUAUAUUCAAAUGUCUUCUUAAAGUAUGAAUAUGUGUACACUUCCAUUGGUUUUACAUAGAUUUGCAGAACAUUAAUAGUGAUAGCAAAUAUAACAGGACUGCUACUGUGGCAGUAUCUCCAUUUCUGAAUCACUACCAAAUAACAUCGUUUUUUUUAAGCUCUUGAA